GACAUGGGUGACAAGAAAAAGAAGACAUUCAUGUUCAUCCGGCUUGUUUCAGCUGCUGGGACUGGGUUCUUCUACGUGAAGAGAAAGAGUUCUAAGAAACUUGCUGAGAAACUUGAGUUUAGGAAAUACGACCCUCGGGUGAAUCGCCAUGUUCUAUUUACUGAGGCAAAAAUGAAAUGAGGUGGAAGGAUAUGUGAUAAAUCUUUGUUAUUGUCUAUUUUAUUUUGGAUCAAUAUACUUCUGCAAUUAACAAUUUUCUAGUCAGUAGACCUGAAUAAGAAUUGUGUCAUUUAUUAUAUUCUGUCAUCCCUUCUUCAA